GGAGGGAUUUCAUUCGCAUGCACCUGUCUGUCUGUCUGUCUGUCUGCACACACACGCGUCCACGGAUGAGUCCAUCCCAUGCGGCCGGACGCACCACAUACAGCCAGCUUGCACAUAGACCAUCCCACUAACGGCCCGCCAGCCAGCCAGUCAGCCGCCCAGUCACCUUCGAGCCAAACGACCAUCCUGCAUGAUAGAGACCAGCACACAGGCGUCUUAUGCAUACACAUCAAAUGCAUGUCUGCAUCAGGUGUGUGACUCUCACCCUGUAGAUGGUCGUGAGUCUAAGGCGCCUGGCCAUCAAGCACGAUGGCUGUGGUCGGCCCGAGGACGCGACGCACCAUGGCGGCCGUCCGUGGGAACCGCUGGGCGAAGGGCGCAUUAUGGGGGACACCUCCUGCUGGCGCCUCGGUGGUGCGAAUGGUGACGCGUACUGCAUGCGGACAAGACCACAAAGUCAGACAAUACGACAGCAUGUUCACGUGUUAGGGGUGUAUUGUGGGCAUGUCAUUCCCUCACGUGUAUGGGUAUCAUUCUGGUUGUCGCCUGGGGGGAUGCCAAAGACAAUCCAUGCGACGAAUGGAUCAUCGGCCGACGUCAGCACAUGCAGCUGCGCACGGGCCCCACCGACCCGCUCCCAUGCCAACACGUCCGGGCACUCGGCGAGGGGCGUGUGUGGCGAUCGAGUCAUGAUGCUGUCGAGGUGGCCACCACGCGCACCCCUGAUACACACAUCAAUAACGCACCACAUAGCCAUUCGCCCUCUCAUUGUGUGCCGUCCAUCCGCUCACCGGUCUACCACCACUGCUGGCAAGUCGGUGAAGCCGCCCAGAGCCACCACCCGAUGAACCAGCAGCAGCCCCUUCAGCAUGGAACUCGCCGAUGCGUAAUGAGGCGCGUUAUUGACGCCAACCGUCACCCAGCCCACAUCAUCCUGGUACAUAAUGCGGCUGCGGACUGGCGGGUCGUGCGACAUGGCGUGGUGGGUGAAGGGGUGCUGCGAGAAGGGAUGGAUGGGGCGAGUGAGCUGGGGGAGGGGCGGGUUGAUGGUGAGGGUGAAGUUGGGCUCGUUGCGGAUGAUGCGGAUCUCAUUGGUAUGGCGGAACAGCUCUAGUGUGCCGUCUAGCUGGCCGCCGGGGAGCUGGAAGGCCACAUGGCGACCGACGAGCAUCCACUGUGCACAGAAACGGGGCAGCACCAAGAAGUCCUGCAGCCAACACACACGCAUCCAGCAGCUCACCGAUUGCCUCUUCUGUGUGUCGUGCUUACCGCCUUGGUGACGUGUGUCUGCAGAUUUCUCGCACCCACAGUGACCGGCAGGUGGCAGCAGCCGCACUGCUCGGCGAGUCUGAGUGUGUCGCCCACCUCCCGCCAGCCGCCCUCGCCCCCCUCCUCCACCACCCACAUGGCCUUCAUCACAUCGCCGUCGCUCAGCUGAUCGUCGAACUGCACCCACCGCUCACCCCCGCCCGCUCGAUGGCCUUCGGCAGCCGAAGGCGGCGGACGAUCGGCCGGAGGGAAUUUCUGAUGGAUCGGGCGGCCGACUUGAGGUGGGCGACCGUGGUGAGGUCAGACAGUGCCAAGAUGAUGCUCAUGGGCUCGGCGGGAACGUCAGUCAGGUGCAACCGUCGGGGCUGAUGACACACAGAAAGAAAGACAUGCACACGACACCCACACACAAAAGAGGUGCACACCACAUCAGUGUGGGUCUUGUGUGCCUGCCUGCCUGUGGUCACUCACUCACCUGUGUGCGGCUAUGUGUUGUGAGUGCGAUGGUCGAGUUGAUGGUAUCUGCCAACUCGGCCAGCAGGACGGACACAGCAGCAAAUUGACGACUCACCUUGGCCACCAUCUGACGAAUGAAUCAACACGACGAGAGCAACUCCAAGCAAGUGGACUCCACAGACACACAGAGGGCUUUGUGGUGUGUGGUGUCUUUGGCAGCCUGCCGCACCAGUGGUGCCAUCGAAGCUGCGGUGUCCAUCUGGAGGAGUUGGUCGAUGCAGCUGUUGACCUGCACACCACACACACACACAAGCAGCCGGUGAGCUUUGGAUGCACUGCAUGGAAUGGACGAGUUGGUGGGUGUGUUGUUCGGCUGAUACCUGAGCCUGCUUCAGCCGAUAGCCUUCUACCUGGGGCAGCAGCCGCGCCCGUACCGCCGCGCUCAUCUGCACCAAACCGAUGACAAACCACACACAGAGAGCACAAAUGGUUCACGUCAUGGUGCAGGGAUUUGCCUGGCCUAGAGCUUCCUCUUCUCUCACCUGAGCGGCGGCACUGGCAGCCAUCGCACCCAAGAGCGAAAGCUGUGGAUCUGAGUGCUGUUUUGUGGCGUCAACGGGCUCUGCGCGCCUCUGUC